CGAUGACGUAGGUCCAAGAUGGCGGCGCAGGUAGAGUUGUUUUGCUUGGAGAGUUUUCCUUCUCACCUGAGUCCUCUGGAUGUUCUGAUAUUAAAAUCUCACCUGGGUUCAGUGUUCCAGAAUGACACCGACCCGCCGACCGUCCUCUUCACUCCGCAGCGGCCUCAGGGUUCCGGGAGGCCGGGCAGUUUACUGCGCGUUCACACCACCACCGAGGAGGAGACUGCGUGCUGCGGACAGGGAAACUCAACCAAAGCCGAGUCCGGGACACGGAUCCGCCUGUUCACCAGCCGCCUCUUCAUGCGGCACCACGGGCUCCAGCGGUUCGGCAGCCUGGGGACGGUCCGGCCUCUGGAGCCGGUCAGCCUGGACAGAGUGGUGCUGGGAGCCCGCAGCAGGCAGAGCCUCCGCUGGGCCGGAGCGGAGCAGUUCACCGGCGGGCUGCUGGAGCUCUGCAGGCAGGGACAGUGGCUGCUGGCCCGGCAGGGAGACCCGCUGCUGCUGCCCCGACACCCGCUGCUGGGAGAGGACCCGGCACAGGUGCAGCAGCAGCUGUUGGAGCUUCUUGUGUUGGACUGCAGUCCUGUAACGCAGGGACGGAUCACGGCCGACACGUCUCUUGUUCUGACGGACUGCUGGGACUCGGUGGACCCCCCGGGGCUCGUCCCGCCCUGCAGACCGCUCAGACUGUGCGCAUCGGACUUCGCUCAUUACGCCGACGGCCUCGGAGGGGGGCGAUCUCUCCUCGACAACAGGAAGCUGCUGGACUCGGGGCUCUCUGGCGUCCUGCAGGCGCUGGAGUGCAGGCUGGACGUCCGGGUGGUGGACACGCGGCGAUGGCUCGGGGUCAGAGGUCAGCAGGGGGGUGCUGUGGACGUGGACAGUUGUGUGUUUGUGAGCAAACAGCUGCUCCUCAGACUGGGGCUCUUUAAUCAGGAGUGGGUGAAGCUGGCGAGGCCGGGGGGAACCUCCAGACCUCCUGCCGGUCAGACUGACGUCAGGGGGGGCGUCUGCAGGGACCGGCUGGUCUCUGUACAGGUGGUGGAUUUAGCAAAGAGUCCAGACCUACAGAACCACCAAGAAACUGGAUUCAUAUCAGCAACUCUGUGGUUCAACAUGACAGAAGGAGACGAGACCCCCGAGAACUGCUGCACAGUGAGGAUGAAGAGGUGGAAACCGUCCCCUCCGGCGCCCGGCGCCCGGCGCUCUGACAGUUUCUGUCGCUCGGCUUCGCCGCCGUUUGCCAGCAAGCUUCACAUCCAGCCGGUCGUGUCUCCGCUGCACAACAACCUCGGUUGCUACGACAACCUGCUGUCUGAACACUUCAGUUCACCCAGACUGGUCUCACUGGGAGACGUCCUGACAGUUCCGGCUGAAAACCAUCCAGACCUGCUGCAGAACAACUCGGAGGGAAUCCACAGGUGUCCAGUGCUGUUCUUCAGAGUGCAGGAGGUGUGUCCGUCUGCAGAGACUCAAGAAGAAGAGGAGGGAGGACGGGGAGGAGCUCACCUGGCCGACAGACUGCACACCUCACUCUACAUGCACGCGUCCACCAACAGCUCCGUCCCCUGCUGCUCUGUGGACGGAGCGUCUCUGUGGACCAGUCCGUCUCCUCCUGGCCUCAACAAGACCGUCAGCCUCCUCAGCAGCAUCAUCCUCCCACACCUGCACCACCGCAGCUCUCUGUCCGGUUGCACCAUCCUCCUUCACGGUCCUGCAGGAAGUGGUAAAGUGACGGCGGUGAGCGCGGCGCGUCGCAGACUGAACCUCCACCUGCUGAAGGUGGACUGUGUGAGUGUGUGUGCUGACACUCCUGCAGCCUCGGAGGUGAAGCUGACCUCGGUGUUUCAGCGGGCCGACGCCCUGCAGCCCUGCGUCCUGCUGCUCAGGAACCUGCAGCUCCUCCUCAGACCUCGAGGUGGCGCCGAGGAGGACGGCAGGAUCCCUGCUGCGCUCUGCCAGCUGCUCAGCGACGCCCCCAGCAGAGUGGUGGUUGUGGCGACGGUCUGCAGACCUCGAGACCUGUCUUCGGGUGUCAUGGCGGCAUUUGUCCACCAGGUGGCGAUGGAGAGUCCCACUGAGGAGCAGCGGCGCUCGAUGCUGGUCGGCCUGAGCCGAGACCUUCACCUGGGGAGGGACGUCAACCUGGAGAGACUCUCCAAACUCACUGCAGGUUUUGUAUUGGGGGAUCUGAGUGCUCUGCUAGUCGAGGCCGGUAGAUCUGCCUGCAGGAGGCUGAUUCACACCUGCGGGGGCCGGCAGGAGGAGGACCUCUGCUCCAGCGGAGUCACCGUCCUGAACCAGGACUUCACCUCCGCCCUGGAGACCCUGCAGGACGCCCAGUCCACAGCCAUCGGAGCCCCCAAGAUCCCUGAUGUGCACUGGGACGAUGUCGGAGGUCUGCAGCAGGUGAAGAAAGAGAUCCUGGACACAGUCCAGCUUCCUCUGCAGCGUCCAGAGCUCCUGUCUUUGGGUCUGAACCGGACCGGAGUCCUGCUGUACGGUCCACCAGGGACAGGAAAAACCCUGCUGGCCAAAGCUGUGGCUACUGAGUGCUCCAUGACCUUCCUCAGUGUUAAAGGUCCAGAACUCAUCAACAUGUAUGUGGGUCAGAGUGAAGAGAACAUCAGAGCAGUGUUCUGCAGAGCGCACUCAGCUGCUCCCUGUGUCGUCUUCUUUGAUGAGCUGGACUCUCUGGCUCCCAGCAGGGGGCGCAGUGGGGACUCUGGAGGGGUGAUGGACAGAGUCGUGUCUCAGCUGCUGGCCGAGCUCGACGCUCUGCACUCGUCUGUCGGGGUUUUUGUGAUCGGGGCAACAAACCGUCCGGACCUGCUGGACCAAUCACUGCUGAGGCCCGGCAGGUUUGAUAAACUGGUCUACGUUGGAAUCAACGAGGACCGAGUCUCUCAGCUGCAGGUCCUCCAGGCCAUCCUCAGAAAGUUCCAGCUGGACUCCUCUGUGGACCUGCGGGAGGUGCUGGAUCGCUGCCCCGCUCACGUGACCGGCGCCGACCUGUACGCUCUCUGUUCGGACGCCAUGACGGCCGCCAUCAAGAGGAAGAUCGGUCUCAUCGAGGACGGUCUGGACUCGGAGGACUCCCCGGUCCUCCUCUCCGUCGAGGACUUCUCCGCAGCGUUAGAAAACUUCCGGCCGUCUGUUUCAGACCAGGAGCUGCAGCGAUACAGAAACAUCCAGCAGAGACUGGCGGCUCAGUAGAAACUGAUCAGUGAUCAGUUCACAGUCCAGAAAAAUCAACACUGUAAAAAUUCUGUAAAUAAAAAAGGAAACAAUAAUUUAUGAAAUUGUGAAAUGUAAUUAAUAAAUGCAGCCAAUGAAAACAGA